AUUGUAUCGUCCCUUUCCUCAGAAAUCAAUACCUAUGCCAAAACUGCAAUAACUGAGAAUGGGUAACUUUUUUACCGUCGACAUGGAGGAGAAUCUCCUUCAAAAUCAAGAUUUGAUAAACGAAAUAACCGCAAUAAAGAUCGAAAGAGACAUUCAGAUGAGGAGUCAAUUGAGAGAACGAGAAGUUGCAUUGGAAAUAGCCAAGCAGAGGGAGUUAUUUUUUUGGUAUGGCGCUUUUUAUUUGACUGCUGCUACGUGGAGUGCCUUAGGAUUCAGGUAUAAGAGAAAAGUAUCUGUUUUUGCACCGCUUAUUCCAUUGAGUUUUUUGAUGGCUUAUCAAACAGAUUUAGCUUAUGGUACGAAGCUACAUCGCAUUAUAGUUGAAGCAGAACGUAUUCUUCAAUUUGAGCCAGAAAUUGUUCAGCUGCCUUUGAAAGUUCCAACUGCAGCUUCUCUAGAUUUAAGGAGGGCAGAAAUUAGGGACCAAAAAAAAUUACAUCCUAGCGUAACUCCCAAAUAAACAUUAUGCGAGGAUGAGAAUCGCAAAGUCGAAUUUUAAGACAGUAUUUAUUGAACCAGGUGUUCCUUAAAAUAUGAGAAUUCCUCAUUGAAACUUCAAUAUUGUGGUUGAAUGUGUCUUAAUAGCUAACGUUCGAAUUUUAAAAUUGUUAUCGAUUAUAUCGGGUAUUUGUAUAUUUAUACUCAUAGGAAUUUCCCAAUAACUUCUGCAAUAUUGACGAGAGCAUUUAGAAAAUAUCCAUCCUUUUGAGACAAUAUAUAAUGAAAUUCAUUCAUGAAGUGUACCGAAAAUAAAAAUA